UUGCACUACUUAUCACCACUGUGUAUUCUGUCUAUUGUGCUUGGAUGUAUGUUGGGUGGCUUGGCUUGCUAUUGGCUCUAAAUCUGUCAUUUAUUUCAAGCGAUGUUCUAAUAUACUUCCUCAAGAAAAGGAUAAAUGAGCAAAGUCAAUUCAAUGCUUCUGAACAUAGAGCUGGAAUGCAAGGUCAGCCAGAUUUCUCUAGUGAUGAGCCAAUGCACGCUUACUCUGAAAAUGGGGCUGGAUCGUCUGCGGAUCGAAAUGCUGGAGUACCUUCAACUAGUGGGGUUGACUCUGAUUUACCUUCUGAAGAUGAAGUCGUCCGUUUGUUGAACUGCUCUGAUCAUUACUCAGUAUUGGGCCUGACCCGCUAUCAGAACAUUGAUGCCUCACUAGUGAAACGGGAAUAUAGGAAAAAGGCAAUGUUGGUGCAUCCUGAUAAAAAUAUGGGUGGUGAUGAAAAGGCAGCAGAAGCUUUUAAGAAACUUCAAAAUGCUUAUGAGGUUCUUAUGGACUCCUUGAAACGGAAAGCUUAUGAUGAUGAAUUGAGGAGGGAGGAGCUUCUGAGUAUCUUUCGCAGGUUUCAGACUGCUUCUCAAUCUCAAAAGAAUGGUAGGCAUGGAUUCUUCCCUUCAGGAUUUGCACGAUCAGAUGCAGAUGGUGAUGACCCUUUUGGUGAUUCAAGGCGAAUAUCAUGCAAAAAAAUGCGGCUGCUUUCAUAUAUGGAUACACACAAAAAACAGAAGUCUCGGGCAAGAUGGUGCCAGGAUUGCCAAGAUUUUCAUCAAGCCAAAGACGGUGAUGGAUGGGUUGAACAGUUGUCCCAGCCAUUUCUUUUUGGAUUGCUGCAGAAGGUGGAUGUGCCUGCUGCUUAUGUGUGUGCUGAAAGCCAGAUAUAUGAUGCCACGGAAUGGUAUACCUGUCAGGGUAUGAGAUGUGCGGCAAAUACUCAUAAGCCAAGUUUUCAUGUAAACACUAGUUUAACAUCAAAGCAUGGUUCAAGUAAAGGAUCACAUUCGGGUCAAAGAGGUGGUCGGAUGCCAACAAUGAAUGUGGAGGAAACCAUGACAGAAGAGGAGUUUUUUGAGUGGUUACAGAAUGCAGCACAGGCAGGCAUGUUCGACAAUUUUGGUGGCAGCACUGCUGCCGAGAGUCCGUCUAACUCCGGGAGCGGGAUGAAAAAUCCUGGCAGUAGCGGCAGCAGUGGAAGCGGAAGCAAGAGAAAGAAAAAGGGAAAGAAACAACGAUGAGAGCAAAGUCAUCUUCUAUAUCAUUGAGGGCAGGACUUGUGGGUACUUUUUAGUCUCGAAGAUGGUGGGAAACUCGGAACCCAUUGUAUAGUGUUAUUAUCCCCAGUUAUAUCUGCUGUCCCUUGAUUUUCGGGUAUUUUGUCCACUGCAAUAUGAUAGCCUUAAGAAUAGAUGGCAUGGCAAUGAUCCUUUUGCCCUUGAUUUUUCCCAGCCAAGUUGCUAUACGCUUAAAACCUUCAGAGUUGAACCUCUGAAGAGAGGGUGAUAAUAGUAAACCCCAAACAUCAUACUUAGUCUCUUUCUGCUCAUGUUCAGAGAAAAUGUUGGUGUUAUCACCAAUCGAUGCAGUUAGAUCAGCGAAACAGCUUUAUAUUAUUGUCAGAGGACAUUUGGAAUAGAAUAAGAGCAAUAGCACACGAGAUAUUCACAAA